AUGAUGAUGUGCACUUAUGUUUGGCGGAAUUUAAAUGAGGGUUACACGCAGAAAAUGUGUGGUUUGGCUGCUUCAUCAUUGGUCAUUCUCGAUGACGGCAAAAUAUUAUCGAAAUUACGACGAAAAAGUGUAACAAAUGAAUUGAACACAAGCUGUAGUGAAGAGGGCAAGUCACAGGACUAUGUAUUAGUACCAACAUGUACACCUCCUCUACUACUUAAUGAAUCAAAUGACUUAGAUGAAACUACGACCCAUGAAAUAUCCACAGUUAAUGAUUCGACCAGUAAGCUGAGAAAGCGAGACAAGAAACGAACGAUGAGUGAGAGUGAAGUGGACGAGCUUAUGAGGUUGGUUAGAAAAAGUGUUGUGACCAUAGGUCAUCACCAGUUUCACAAUUGGAUUAAAUGA